UCUGGAUACCCGUGGCAGCCAUCUUUGUUGAUGUGUCAGCUUUCAGUUCCUGUGAGGGGGCUGCAGCAGGAACCAGAGGAGCGAGAAUGGCUCUCUACCCUCCCGCUACACGCACACCCACCUCGCCACGCUUUCUUGGUCUUCGGUUCUAAUUAGCAAUGGGAGAGCGGCUACUAAUGCAACAGAUGCUCCGGUUCCCAGCCUCCUAGCAAACGGAUUCUUGGGAGAAAGAUGGAUGAGCGCUUACCAGAACAGCACAAUAGUCUAAGGAUGGUCAACCUAUCAAAGACUGAUAAUGAAUCUUCCAACUUACCGAGCGUUGAAAAAGCUGACAAAAAGUAUGAUAUUCAGGAUGAUGUACAUAUUGCAGACACAAGAUGUGAGAAAAGCACUUUAAGCAUAGAAAGCAAAGAGUUAAUACUGGAUCCCACCUCACCAUCUAUUGAUUUAAAUGAAGAUGGAGAUGUAAUUGAAGCACAGUCUGCUCCUAAUUUUAAUGGAGUCUGCUCUGAGUUGAAAGUAAAAGAAUCUAAGGAAGCAGAUUGCUUGCCCAGUGGACAAGGUGAACAACAGGCUUUGAAAACUGAGGACAAAAAUCAAUCCUUGACAGAUCUAUUUCAAGAUGACAUGAAAAGACCUUAUGGGGUCUGUUCAGAGAGCCCAUAUGACACAGAUUACACUAAAAACCUUAUCUCAAAUCUAGAGAAUGCUUCCUCUCAGGAGGCUUUGCUAGAAGAAAUUGAAUCUGAGCUCCUGUCAACAGAUUUGUUGAAAAAUCCUACACUUUCAAAUGGAAUGUGCAAUACCAAGGCUACUUUGGCUGUGUUUGAAAAAUGCAUUCAAGAUAAAUAUUUACAGCAAGAGCACAUAAUAAAGAAAUUGAUUAAAGAAAACAAGAAGCAUCAGGAACUAAUUUUGGACAUUUGUUCAGAAAAAGACAACUUAAAGGAUGAGUUGAAGAAGAGAACAGAAACUGAAAAGCAACAUCUCAAUAUAAUUAGACAGUUGGAAGUGAGAAUAGAAGACCUCCAGAAAGAAGCUAAAACAGUUAAAGAUAAACUUGUAUCUCAGGAUGCUGCUGCAAAAAUUGCUAUACAGCAACUGCACAAAGAGAUGGCCUUUCGUACAGAUCAGGCAAACAAAAAAUGUGAAGAAGCCCGUCAAGAAAAGGAAGCUAUGGUCAUGAAGUAUGUUAGAGGAGAAAAGGAGUCUUUGGACCUCAGGAAGGAAAAGGAAAUCCUUGAAAGAAAACUGAGAGAUGCAAACAAAGAUAUUGAAAAGCAUACUAACAAAAUCAAGCAGCUUUCCCAGGAAAAAGCAAGAUUGCACCAACUAUUUGAAAGCAAGGAAAAUGAAACCACCAGAAUGUCACGAGAUGUUGAAAAAUUAAAAGAAGACGUCAAUUCUUACAUGAUCAAAGUAAAAUGGGCUCAAAACAAAUUAAAGGCUGAAGUGGAUUUACACAAGGAAACCAAAGAUCAACUUAAAGUGGCAACAGCAAAGUUAACUCAAGCCAAGGAGGAAGCUGAUCAGAUACGAAAGAAUUGCCAAGAAAUAAUAAAAACAUAUCAGGAGUCUGAAGAAAUUAAAUCCAAUGAAUUGGACCUAAAACUUCGACUUACCAAAGGAGAACUGGAGAAACAAUUGCAAGAGAAAUCUGAUCACCUAGAGGUCCAUCAUGCCAAGAUAAAAGAACUUGAAGAUGUGAAGAGAACAUUUAAGGAAGGCAUGGAUGAAUUGCGAACAUUAAGGACAAAGGUCAAGUGUUUAGAAGAUGAACGGUUGAGAACAGAAGAUGAGUUAUCAAAAUACAGAGAACUUAUUAAUCGACAGAAAGCUGAGAUUCAUAAUUUGCUGGAGAAAGUGAAAACCUUAGACCUGCUGCAGGAGCAACAUCAAAGAGAUGAACAAGAAAUGAACUCUUGGAAGGAAGAAGUGGAUAGUCUGAAUACUCUGCUUAGUGACUUCCAGAAGGACAUAGAUGGCAGCCGGAAAAGAGAAUCUGAACUGUUAGUGUUCACUGAAAAGCUAACUACGAAGAAUGCCCAACUCCAGUCAGAAACCAACUCCUUACAGAUGCAGCUUGAUAAGCUAAUCUUCAUGGAGAGAGAGUCUCAGAAUCAGCUGGAACUUGCUAAUCAAGCAAGAGAUGAAUUGGAAAAUAAGUUGAAGAAAGAAGAUGAUCUCCACAGAAACAAGGUCCAGAUGCUGGAGAUGGAAUUAGCAUCUCAACAGAAAUCAUUUGCAGACUUGAACACCAAGGCAGAGGAAUUAAAAGAUGAACUCAUGACGCAGAAGCGGAAGCAUGCUGCAAAUCUUAAAGAUCUCACCAAGCAGCUUCAGCAAGCACGAAGAAAAUUGGAUAACCUUGAAAAUGGCAGUUGUGAUAAAGAAGUUAGCAGCAUGGGGAGUCGUUCCAGCUCAUCAGGGUCCCUUAAUGCUCGGAGCAGCAAUGAAGAUCGUUCACCAGAAAACACUGGCUCUUCAGUAGUAGUUGAUCAUUUCCCUGAAGUGGACAAAACUGUCUUGAUUGAGCGGAUAGUAAGACUGCAGAAAGCACAUGCUCGAAAAAAUGAAAAGAUGGAGUUCAUGGAGGAUCAUAUCAAACAACUAGUGGAAGAAAUCCGGAAAAAAACCAAAAUAAUCCAGAGUUACAUUUUGCGGGAAGAAGCUGGCACACUUUCAUCUGAAGCAUCGGAUUUCAAUAAAGUACAUUUAAGUCGGCGAGGUGGGAUCAUGGCCUCUCUCUAUACAUCACACCCAGCAGACAGCGGACUCACAUUAGAACUCUCUCUGGAGAUAAACAGGAAACUUCAGGCAGUCCUGGAGGAUACCUUAUUGAAAAACAUUACCUUAAAAGAUAACCUACAAACUCUUGGAACCGAAAUAGAACGAUUGAUUAAGCAGCAACAUGAAUUAGAACAGAGGCUGAAGCAGACAUAACUGAGACCAAGAUCAGAAAAGGUUGUCAGUCCAACAAAGUUUUAAAAAACAAAGUUGAUUGUGAACAACUUUGACUAGAUCCAAAUGUCUGGUUUGCUUAAACAAAUGGAGACCUUGAACUUUUCUGAACAUACUUCCAUCCAUCACUGAAAUUAGUCAUAUCAACACUUGCAGCUUCUUCUUGUUAGAGAGAAUGCAACCACUCUGCUUUGUGCAAUUAAAAAAGCAACUUUUAAAAAUGGACUACUGUAUAAGACUGGUGCAUUUGUUGUUGAUACUUGUUUCGCAGAGAAAACGAGGAGAAAAAAGGCUGGCUUUUGCAUGUAUAUUAACCCCAGUGCCUUCUAGGGCAUACAUCUUUUUCUCCAAAUAUACGUGUGUUCUUGGAUAUAUUUAAAUUUGUUAUUUAUAACAUACAUUGGGAAAGGGCUUCAUAGUACACCUUCUUUUAAUAUACAGUUGAAAGAUAUGACAGGUAUUUUAGCAACUUGACCAAAAACAUUUUUUAAAAUCCCUCAAUUCCUCAAAUGUGAAUAAUACCUUUUUUCUUUUUUAAAAAAAGAUCACCUUAAAAAAAAGUUUGGGAAAAUUCUGCAGUGUAUAGACAUAAGAGAUUAAAACCGAUUUUGUAUAUAUGGGAAAACAAAAUACAGAGUCAUGAAGCCUUCAAAUCUUGCAGAUUGACUGUGCUAAUUGAAAUAGAAAUAAUAGACACGGUAAUAACUUCACUUAAGCACAGGUGAAAUUACAUAUAUCUCUGCAAGUGACUGAUAAGAUCCCAUAUUGAUAGGAAAAGAAAAGGGGAUAUGCCCAGAUAUUGAAGAUACUGAGAUCACCUCCAUAACUAUUUAACAAUAUUAGUCUAAUUAUACAAAUAAUGACAAUUAUUCUUUAUGUCCACCAUCAUCAUCUAGGUAAUUUGGGUUGGGAUAACCACAUAAUUUAUAAAGACUAUGCUGGUUACUCUGUAAGGCUUUUGUAAAAGUUAUAUUUAUAUUCUGCCUGUCUACGCCGUUGUGUGUAGCACCCAAGGCAGCUCAUCCUGGCACACUUAGAAGAAGAUUGCAAGAGGGCUGCCAUGGGAGAACAAUGAGCCAAUAAAUAAGGGAGCAUGGCUUAAACCUGUAGAUAAUAGCAACUAUGUCUGUACUGAGUAUGAAGCAGUAAAUAUAGUUAAGGCUCUGAAUAAUGUUGGUAGAAGAGAAUCAAAGAUGUUAUGAUGAUAGAAACAUCUUCCAUGCCUCUCACAACCCCUGGCUCUCCAUGCAGUUGGUUAGGAAUAAGGGGAGUUGUCAUGAAUGUUAACCUUGGAGAAGAGAAAGAAAGGAGGAACCAAUGCAAGCUCUAUAUACACUUUUUUAUUGCUUUGACACGCACUAGCAUGUGUGUAUCUAUGCUUCCGAGGUGUGAUAGACCGAAGCUCAAAUACCCUUUUGUUCUUUCUCUGGGACCAAAGGGAAGCAAUAGAUUUUUAGGUAUGUUAGGCAAAUACUUAGCCUUUCUUUUAUUAAUCCCUGCUGCACUUUCAGGAAGACAGCACUUUAAAUGAAUCCAUUGUCCGAACAUUUUUUUCCCUUUUUUGCUUGGUUAAAAAUAGUUGCUGUCCAAAAAUGUACUAUUACAGAACAACUGAAUCUUAUUAUAAUUAUUUUUAAAGCAAGGUAAUCAGAAAAUUAAGAGUUUUUCAUUUCAUCAAUAAAAUCAUCUUUCCAUUUCUAUUUUAUUCUCCCUUGCCUGGUAUAUGAAAGGGAGGCAGCAACGGUUUUGAAUUGCAGCGUUCCUGCGAUUGUUUAUUCCAAAGUACAAAACUCAUUUAGCACUGUUUACAUAGUUGCAUGUGAUGGCUCCAUUCCUCUUCUCAAGUACAGAGAUUUUAAGACAUGCUUUGGGGACAACAACAACCAGCAUCUGAGGUUAAACAAAUCCCUUGUAUAAACCUGUACAUAGUGCUAGAGUUUGUAUUUUUCUAAAAGUUGUGCUUUUCAUAUUUUUCUGAAAAUAUAACACAUGUAUAGCUGCAACAUUACAAUAAGCAAACAUGCUUGCCUUCUACAAUUUCAAUAAGCAAACAUGCUUGCCUUCUGAUUUGUAAUGUUAAAUUGUACAUUGUAUCUUUAGGAUUGUGGAUAUUGCUGUACAGAAUAAUUUUUAGGUUACAACUCUGUGUUGCUGAGGAAAGAACAUGUGCAAUGCAACUGGACUUAUUGCUGGAUAUUUUUCUCAUACUGUUUUUCUUCAUGUUUAACACAUUAGGUCUGAAAUAAUAAAAAAUGAAUGCCC